GGCAUACAGGUGCAGGCACACUACCUACACACAGAGGACGCAGAGAGAGAACAGCUGAGACCACUUCAAAAGCCGGCGUUGGAUGCUGAGUCUGUGCUUUGAACCAUGACCGAGGCAGAGUUAUACACUUUGUACAAAGGCGUGUAUGUGCCGACACUGGUCCAUUCUCCAGACAGCCUCAAAUACUAUGAGGAGUUUACCUUUCGUCCAGAUGAUGUUCUCAUCGUGACUUAUCCCAAGUCUGGUACGACUUGGAUGCAGGAGAUCGUCCCUCUGAUCGUCAGUGGAGGAGAUCCAGCCUCUGUUGAGUCUCUGCCCAACUGGGACCGUGUUCCCUGGCUGGAACAGAACCAGGCCUGCACGCUCCAUCUGGAGCAGAGGGCGUCUCCUCGUGUGUUUGUUACACACUUCCACUAUAACAUGAUGCCAGCAUCUUUCCUGGAAGCCAAGCCAAAGGUCAUCUAUGUCAUGAGGAACCCCAAGGACGUGUUCACGUCCUCCUUUCACUAUUAUGGCAUCACCUCCUUCCUGGUGAAACCAGGACCACAGAGAGAGUUCCUUUACAAGUUCCUUAACGGAGAAGUCAUGUUUGGCUCAUGGUUCGACCAUGUGAAGGACUGGCUGAGUGCUGGCAGCAACGAGCGAAUCAUGUACAUCAGCUAUGAGGAGAUGAUCUUGGACCUGAAGGACUGCGUGAGCAGAAUGGCUUUGUUUUUGGAGAAGCCUCUUGAUGCUGAGGUGAUAGAGAAGAUAGCCGAACGAUGCUUGUUCAAGAACAUGAAGAAGAACAACAUGUCUAACUAUUCUAUGGCUCCUCCUGAAUUCAUAGACCAGACGAAGUCUGGAUUUCUCAGAAAAGGAAUAGCUGGAGACUGGAAAAACCAACUAACAGAGGCGGAGGCUGAGCACUUCGAUGCUGUUUACAAAGACAAAAUGAAGAACGUCGAUUAUAAAUUUGUGUGGGAUUAAAGUUUCUAACAAGACAUUUCGAGUUGAAAAAAACAAACACUAAACACAUGGAAACCAAAAUGUGGCACAUAACACCUAGACAUUGUCGUUAUUCUUAACUUUUAUUACAUGAGAUUUAAUAUGUGCUUUGGAAUGACAAAAUAAAUGAUGAUAACAAAUGUAUUCAACACAAAGAUUCAGGGCAAUUCAGUUUAUUUACUGUAUUUAGAGCCACAUUCAUUCAUAAAUAAUUUUAAUUUCAAAUAAACCUUAAGUGAAGAGGAAAAUCCAUUAACUGAAUGAAACUCAUGAAAGAGGCUUAAGAUCCACAAAGGAACAAAUCAAAAACUACUUGUUCAUAGACUUGAGAUUUAUGUACUAAUAAAAGAUUUUGCUUGUUUGAAAAAUUAAAUACUAAUCUUUCAGCAGGGGCCUGCAACAGUAGAUGUUUGAGUAAAUACCCCAACACGGUGUAUUGUUUAGGUUCAAUGUUUAGGUUCCAUGAAACCCAUUUGGCCCCUCAAAGUAAAACUAUUACUGCUAUACAGUAAAAUGUGUGCUGCUGAAGAACAGUCAAAAGGUCGCAGAGACCGACGAGAUGAGUUCCUGUUCCUGUUAUCUAUUUAUCACUACAACGCUACUAGCUUUGAGUUGGUUCUCUGUGUUAUGCUUGUGCUUUACACUUCAUAAACCACGUUUUGCUGAUUAGAACUGAGGCUCUGAGCCAAAGCAUCACCUGAGACUACGGCCUUUGAAUAUACACGCAAUACACACACCUCCUCCUCAGCUGGUUAGAGAACUAUGCAGCUAAAAUCUCAUUCAGAUUAUGUGUUUCAGCACACACAUACGUAGACACGUAGCUUCCUGAAACCAAAAGGCUGAUGCUCACACCUACUUCUUAUCAUGAAAGUUCAGCUGUGCAGAAAAAAGAGCAAGUAUCAGAACAUCUGCCUCGAACAAUUCCUGACGGUAGCGUGACAUGACGGCGCUGUUCUAUUUCAAGGUGUUCCCGUCUGGUUCUGGAUGACUGAGAAUUUAUAAGAAGUGCUUUAACCCAUGGUCUUUUUAAAAGAAAAACUAUUGUGUUGAGUGAAAUUGACUUUUUCCUUUUCUUAAUUUUAACUCUUUCCUUCUCUAUAGCAAUAGUCAGGGUUUUAAUUAUGCAGCGUUGCCCCAGGCAUCGUCGAUGGCCUCUAAUUAGAUUUGGUGGCACUAAAGUCGUUAUGAAGGAGCACCUCAGAGUCACAAUGCUCUGUUUGUAACAGCAUCUUUACUUCUGAUCUAUUGUAAUAAACUAUAAAUAGACCUCA